AUGGAUAACCCUCGAUAUCGCACACUUGCGAAAGAUCUCCACGCAAAGAUGCGUUCUAUGUCUUGGACAGACCACGAUGUUCCACAACCCCUGCGCAGAUCUGGUGCCUUCAUAAAGAAAGGCGACAACGAAUAUGUGGUCGAGCCUCGGAUAAUGGACCGGGGUAUUCUCGCUGCGGUGCGACAUAUUAAUGCUAUGGUGGCUCUGACUAUUGUCACGGACCAUACCGAAGUAGUUUUUGAUACACUACAGCCGGACAAGCCUCUAAAAUUCGAGGAUGGCUCGCAGAUCCAAAUAUUCGAAUCCCUAGAUGCACUGGCUCAGUCGGCAUCCGUCAAGAAGCUUCAGUAUGCCGCGUUUGUUCGUCGAGAACGGAUGUUAUUGGUCUGGUACCACGACCUUGGUACAAUCUUGGAGCGAGCCAGGUCUAUCCACCGCAGGAUUCACGAUCUGGUGACUUCCUUAGGAUACGACUCGUCUGAAGACUACACGAGCACUGUACGGUCCUACACAUCUUCAUCACACACAAUCAAGAAGGUGGUCGACUCGUCAGACGACAAGAGCCAUGCUGAACUCCGUGAAGAAGUGGACGCAGAGAAGGACACAGUCGACUUCACAGAGAGUGAAUCACGCUCGCGCCCAGCGAUCUACACAAGUGCCGUUUUCACGACCAUAGGUGUAUUCCUCAUGAGUACACUCAUCUUCGGUUUCGGCAAUCGCGCUCUCGUCUCACAGAUCAACUGGGACCACUUCUAUCCCCGCAUACUCCUUGUCCUCUCGGAACCUGUCUUCUUCUGUCUCGGUCUCUUCUUUGUCAUUGUCUUCUUCAAUAACAUCUUUCAGGUCUUUGGACCGACUGCUUAUUUAAAGAUGAACAGUCGCUUUUACUCAGCAACAAAGCCAGACCUGGCCCAUGCCCGAGCUCUCGAGUUCAAGCCACCUCCGAUUACCAUCCAGAUGCCCAUCUACACCGAAUCGCUCGAGUGUGUUGUCAAAAAUUCUGUGGCCUCGUUACAGAAAGCAAUCUCCUACUAUGAACUACGAGGCGGUUCAGCCCGUAUCUUUAUAAACGACGAUGGCAUGGCUCUGCGCUCUGACGCCGAGAAUGCGGAGUUCGAGACAUUCUACGCCGAGAACAACAUUGGUUGGGUAGCCCGUCCAAAGCACAACGUCAGUGGAUUUGUGCGUCCGGGCAAGUUCAAGAAGGCGUCCAACAUGAACUAUGCUCUCAACUUCUCCUUACGCGUGGAGGACGCCUUGCGCAAGAUUGCUGACGACUUGUGCGACGAUAAUCGGAGCAUCACUGCGAACGAAGAAGCCGAGCUAUACCAGCUAGCAAUGACGAAGAUUCUCGAGAGCGAUCCCCGAACCAGAGCUAGUGGUGAUGUCCGGAUGGGGUCGAUCAUCCUGCUUGUUGACUCCGACACAGAAGUUCCAGAAGACUGCCUGAUGUAUGGUGCUGCAGAGAUGUUCCUCUCUCCUGAAGUUGCUAUCAUACAGCACAGCACAGGCGUGAUGCAGGUAUCCUGGGACUGGUUCGAGCAUGCCAUCGCUUAUUUCACGAACCUAGUCUACUCUUCCAUUCGUUUCGCUGUCGGCAGUGGCGAAGCAGCUCCUUUCGUCGGUCACAACGCCUUUAUCCGCUGGAGCGCAGUACAAGACGUGGCCGUGGAUGUUCCAGCAGAUGACGGGUACAUUCGCUUCUGGUCCGAGAACAACGUCUCCGAAGACUUUGAUAUGGCAAUCCGCCUACAGAUCGAUGGGUAUAUCCUCCGUCUUGCCAACUAUCAUAGCGGCGAGUUCAAAGAAGGCAUCUCACUGUCUAUCUUCGACGAGCUCGAUCGUUGGGAGAAGUACGCUUAUGGCUGUAGCGAGUUGGUCUUCCACCCUUUGCUGGACUGGUUGAAGAAAGGACCUAUCACUCCGCUCUUCCGCAAAUUCCUCUGGUCAAAGAUGCAACUCUCGUCAAAGAUGACCAUCAUUGGAUACGUGUCGUCUUACUAUGCUCUUGCAUCUGCUGUUCCCCUCGGCCUUCUAAACUAUUUCCUGAUCGGAUGGAGGAAUGGAGACACUGACCAGUUCUAUGUCGAGUCCUGGAAUGUCUUCGUUACUCUGAUAGUGGUCUUCAACUUCAUGUCCAACAUCUGUCUUGCUGUGUUACGCUACCGACUUGGCGAGAUGCACAUCGUCCGCGCACUCCUGCAGAACUUCAUGUGGAUGCCGUUCUUCGCAAUCUUCUUUGGGGGCGUGCCCUUCCAUCUGCUCCUCGCUAUCUGCGCACAUAUGUUCGGUAUCAAUAUGAGCUGGGGCGCUACCGCUAAAGAAAAAGGCACCACCAAUUUCUGGACAGAAUGGCCCAAAAUCAUGGGUCGUUUCAAGUGGAUGUUUGCCUUUAUGGUACCAAUGUUUGCAACGAUGAUCUACCUGGGCUGCUAUUCAGAGGAGAAGGUGAGCAUCAGGGGUAUAACAAGUAUCGUCCCUAUGGCUGUCACGGUGGGCUCGCACAUCGUCUUUCCAUUCGCUUUGAACCCGUCCCUGCUGGUAUUCGAUUUCUAG